AUGGCGCUGGUUGGGGAGCCGCAGCAUGUGACUUACCAGGCCCUUGCCGAGGCGUCUGAGGAUGCUCCCAUCGAUUUGCCGGAAGACUCCCUCCGCAGGAUGCGGCAUGGCCAUCUGGCAGGAGGGCUCCUGUCCCUCAUCGUGGUCUUCUCCCUUUCUAUCAGCUGGCUUCCGCCGCCUCAGCCUCUGUCAGCUGACGCAGUGCACGACCUGAAGGAUGCGCCGGUCAUCGAGAUGAGCGUUGAUUCUUACACAGUGCCGAGCACCUGCUUGGGAGCCAUGCUGCUGGGCGCCCUGGCAGCGAACUGCUGCUGCGCCGCCUGUCACGGGGGGGAGUGCUGCGCGGAAGGAGGCUGCGGCUGCUGCGGACCCAGCUGCUGGGUCUCGGUCUUCGAGUCCCUGGGCUGCGUGCCGACAUGGACCCUUGCUUCGUUCUUCGUCCACCGCUUCGGCGGCAUCCCAUGCUUCAGCCUCUACUUGCUGAAGGGCCUCCUCUUUUCGGGCUGUGGCUUCUUAGGAGGUGUGACCCUGACGGGUGCUGCCGCGAUUGCCGGACUCCGCUUCUGCAGGGACUACAAUGAUGCGUGUGGCGGCUGCGUACAGUAG